AUGGAUAAAAUAAAAAAUAAAGAUCUUUUGAAUAGUCUUGAAUGUUGGAAUAUGUUUAAAAAACCAAAAUAUUUAAUUGAAGAAACAAAUGAAGUUAUAAGUAAAUAUGAUGAGAAGCAGUUAGAGCAAUUAUUCUUAAAAAGAUUAAAUUUUGGAACAGCAGGCUUAAGAGGGAAAAUGGGUAUUGGAUUUAAUGCAAUGAAUAUAGUUACUAUUAUGCAAACUACACAAGGGUUAUGUACUUAUUUAAUGAAUACAUAUGGUGUAAAUUUAUGCAAAAAUAGAGGAAUCAUAUUUGGUUUUGAUGGUAGAUAUCAUUCAGAAUCUUUUGCACAUGUAGCUGCAGCUGUUUGUUUAUCAAAAGGAUUCAGGGUCUAUUUAUUUGGGCAAACUGUUGCAACUCCUAUUUUGUGUUAUUCUAGUUUUAAGAAAAAUUGUUUAUGUGGAGUUAUGGUAACAGCUUCUCAUAAUCCUAAAUUAGAUAAUGGUUAUAAAGUAUAUGCAGCAAAUGGAGCUCAGAUAAUCCCACCAAUAGAUAAAAACAUUGCUAAUUGUAUAUUGGGUAAUUUGAAACCUUGGAAUGACGUUUAUGAAUAUUUAAACGAAGACUUUUAUUUAAAAGAUACUUCAUUAGUUCAAGAUAUUUAUUAUGAAAUGUAUGAUUCAUUUAUGGAUGAUUUAAAACGUGAAUUUAAUUUUAAUUGCAGCUUAAAUUCUCAUACUAAAUUAGUUAUAAUUUAUUCACCUAUGCAUGGAAUUGGCAGAAAGUUUGUUCAAGGUAUUAUGCACGUAGUUGGAUUUAAUAAUCUACUGACUGUACCUCAUCAAGCUUUACCAGAUGCAGAUUUUUCUACUGUUUCAUUUCCUAAUCCUGAAGAAAAAGGAGCAUUAGAUAUGUCUAUUCAAUUAGCUGAUUCAAUAAAGAGCCCUAUAGUUGUAGCCAAUGAUCCAGAUGCAGAUAGAUUUGCGUGCGCUGAAAAAUUUAAUAAUAACUGGAAAAUAUUUUCAGGGGAUGAAUUAGGAAUCAUAUUUGCAUAUCAUUUAAUGAAACAAUAUGAGAAAAAAAAUAUAGAUAAAUCUAAGCAUGUAUUUAUAUGUACUGUUGUAUGCUCAAGGAUGUUAAAGAAACUAUGUGAAAAAUAUGGAUACGCUUAUGAUGAGACAUUAACAGGAUUUAAGUGGUUAAUUAAUAAAGCAAUAGAAUAUAGCAAUAAAAACUAUACACCAUUAUAUUGUUAUGAAGAAGCUUUAGGCCAUGCGUUAACACAACAUGUUAGAGAUAAAUGCGGUAUAUCUGCUUUAGCUUAUUGGAUAGAAAUAGCUGUUCAUUUAUAUGAAAAUAAUUUAACAUUUCAUGAAUAUUUAGAAAAUAUUAGAAAAGAAAUAGGAUAUUUUGUUAGUAAUAAUGGAUAUUAUAUUGUCUUAGAUCCUAACGAUAUUGCAAGUAUAUUUAAUGAAUUCAGAAGUAAUGGAGCAUAUAAAACUACUUUAGGUUCCCAUAAAAUUGUUCAUAUUAGAGAUUUAACAACAGGAUAUGAUUCUUCAACUCCUGAUAAAAAAUCUGUAAUUGCUCCAACACCUGAUUCUCAAAUGAUCACUCUCCAAUUUGAAAAUACAGCUAUUCUAACUAUAAGAGCUAGUGGUACUGAACCAAAAGUAAAAUGGUAUGGAGAAAUUUCAAGAAGUACUUAUGAGGAAGCACGAAGAGAUAUUGAUAAACUAAUAAAUGAUGUCAUGGAUGUAUUUAUGCAACCAAAUAAAUAUAAUGUUAAGAGAAAUUAA